AUGGCGAACGUUCAGAUGCGAGGCCUGCAGGCACUUCUUCGAUGGUCCUGGCUCUUCCUCAGCCUCUACCUUAUUUCAGGAUGUGGUGGACAUAAGCCUCAGCUUAAUUACAACAUGACUGAGCUAGUGAUAAAUGAAGGAGAAGCGCUAGAAAUUACGUGCAUCAGCGUCGGUGACUUUAAGUUUCACUACCCCAUUAGUGAUUAUUAUAAUAAACAAAUAGUGGUAUCUGAUCAUACCAUCUCUGAAGAUGAAAUGAAACAAAGUAAAACAUUUCGAAGACCAUCAACUGUUGUCGGUGACACUGGCUGGUAUGGAUGUGUCGACAUAAAUAAGAAAAUGACGGACAUGACGCACAAAGAAUACGACGAUCCAACUGCUAGUUGGAUAUACAUCUACAUUACUUCCAAUACGAGUGCAUUUGUACAAAGUGUAUGGACAUCUUUAAAUGGUUUUGGAUGUCUUGGGUACCAGGUUAUUAUUCCGUGCCGAACGACUUCUCCUAAUUUCCAAGUGAUUCUCAAGAAAAAUAACAAAGAGCUCAGGCUUGGCGAAAGGAUAACUUUUGAUUCUAAAGUUGGUUUUGUCUUGAAAAAUUCUAGUCGAAUGGACCGAGGGGACUAUACUUGUGAAGUGCAUCAAGACAGUUUGUCGCAUAAGAUGGAAAUAACAUUUCAUAGUUUUCACCAUUGUAUGGGAAAAUUAGUCAUAAAAAAGGACGAUGCAAAUCCAGUUACUGCAGGCUCAACAUUAAAAAUAAAAUGUGCAGUGACAAUCAAAAUAGAAAACCCUUACAAAUAUUCUUGGACGACACCACAAAAUUCGAAUUCCAGAACAAUUCUGGUUCCUGUUCAAGAAAAAAUCAACCAAUUUACUGAUUCAAUUACAUCUACAUUCAUUCUACACAAUGUAACUUACGAUGACGAGGGAAAUUACUCGUGCCAAGUAAAAUCCUCAUUUGGAGAAAAUAAAAGUGCCAACAUCUAUGUCUACGUGUAUGAUCCUAGCAAUCCAUUCAUCAAUUUAACAACUAAUGAUCAAAAUAAGAUCCAUAUAAAUGGUAGUUCAGUUGCGUUUGUGGCUCACGUUAUAGCAUAUCCGAAACCAAUCCUUAGAUGGAUUGGCCCUAAUGGACAGCAGAUUGAAUCAUCCUAUGAUUACCAAAUAUACUAUGAAGAAUCAAUGAGCAUUCUAGAAGUACAUAAUGUUCGGAAGUUGGAUGAGGGCAUUUAUACUCUUUGUGCAAAAAACAUUAUUGGAGAAAAGAUUUUAAAUUUUACGCUUAAAGUUUAUGCAUAA